GCUGCCGUCCACCACCGGCAUUCCCAGUAUGCACCGCGGACAGAGCAGCAAAAAAUAGUCCAUUAACGAAAGGCUGAGAAAAGGGAAGUAGAAAAGGGUAGCUCGCAAGCUAAAUCCACGAGUUUAAUUGUAUUUAACGUUACCAGAAUUGCUAACAUGGCUGACAACGAGAAACUGGACAACCAGCGGCUGAAGAAUUUCAAGAAUAAGGGCCGUGAUUUGGAGACUAUGAGAAGACAGAGGACUGAGGUAGUGGUGGAACUCAGAAAGAACAAAAGAGAUGAGCACCUUCUGAAGAGGAGAAAUGUGCCCCAUGAGGACAUCUGUGAGGACUCUGAUGUUGAUGGAGAUUUCAGAUCGCAAAACACCUCCCUUGAAGCAAUAGUACAAAAUGCCACCAGUGAUAACCAGGGCGUUCAGCUGAGUGCUGUCCAGGCUGCCAGGAAGUUGUUGUCCAGUGACCGUAACCCUCCCAUAGAUGACCUGAUUAAGUCUGGGAUCCUUCCUAUACUGGUCCACUGCCUGGACAGAGAUGACAACCCAUCUCUCCAGUUUGAGGCAGCCUGGGCUCUAACCAACAUAGCGUCUGGUACCUCAGAGCAGACCCAAGCUGUGGUCCAGUCCAAUGCUGUGCCGCUGUUUCUGAGGCUGCUUAACUCCUCUCACCAGAAUGUGUGCGAACAGGCUGUCUGGGCCCUGGGCAAUAUCAUCGGUGAUGGCCCUCAGUGCAGAGACUAUGUCAUCAGCUUGGGUGUGGUCAAGCCCCUGCUGUCUUUCAUCAGUCCCUCCAUUCCCAUCACCUUCCUCCGCAAUGUCACCUGGGUCAUGGUCAAUUUGUGCCGCCACAAGGACCCUCCACCACCCAUGGAGACGAUCCAGGAGAUCCUCCCAGCUCUGUGCGUGCUUAUCCACCACACUGAUGUCAGUAUCUUGGUAGACACAGUGUGGGCUCUGUCUUAUCUGACAGAUGCUGGGAACGAGCAGAUCCAAAUGGUCAUCGACUCGGGCAUCGUCCCCCAUCUGGUGCCUCUCCUCAGUCACCAGGAGGUCAAAGUUCAGACCGCUGCCCUAAGGGCUGUUGGGAACAUAGUGACUGGCACAGAUGAACAGACCCAGGUGGUGCUCAACUGUGAUGCUCUCAGCCACUUUCCUGCACUCCUCACACACCCAAAGGAGAAAAUCAACAAGGAGGCAGUGUGGUUCCUGUCCAACAUCACAGCAGGCAACCAGCAGCAGGUGCAGGCCGUCAUUGACGCCAUGCUAGUUCCCAUGAUCAUUCACCUGCUCGACAAGGGUGACUUUGGCACUCAGAAGGAGGCAGCCUGGGCCAUCAGCAACCUAACAAUAAGUGGGAGAAAAGAUCAGGUGGCGCACUUGAUUGAGAAGCAAGUGAUCCCUCCUUUCUGCAACCUGCUGACUGUGAAGGAUGCCCAGGUCGUUCAGGUUGUUCUUGAUGGCCUCAGCAAUAUCCUGAAGAUGGCAGAUGAUGAGGCUGAAACGAUUGCUAACCUUAUUGAGGAAUGUGGAGGUUUGGAAAAAGUGGAGCAACUGCAGAAUCACGAAAAUGAAGAUAUCUACAAAUUGGCAUAUGAAAUUAUUGAUCAGUUCUUCUCAUCUGAUGAUAUUGAUGAAGACACCAGCCUGGUCCCAGAGGCCAUCCAGGGCGGAACUUACGGCUUUAACUCAGCCAACGUGCCAGCCGAGGGAUUCCAGUUCUAGACGGCAUCUGGGGUAUUCUGGAGUUUUGUUCGAUGCAGCACUCUGUUCAACAUAAAAAAAUUAGGAGAGAAAGAGCGAGAGAGAGCGAGAGUGUGAGAAAUUUGAUCCAUUGUGCUUGGCUCGUGGGAUCCAUGGCUGCAUCUUAUCU